CUUACUUCCCCAAAGAGGAAAUCAAGCAUGCCUGCAGAGCCAUGUGAUGCCUGAGGUGUUAAGACUUGACUAAGCAGUCACACCCCGCAAAAUGAGGUCAUCCUGCCAGUCAAGUCGAUCGACUCCACCUUAUCUUUAUUUCUCCACAUGGACUGUAUGUAAAUCCCCUUCCAUCUUUCCACCUUUACCUUCCUUAUACUCCACACUCACAACCAUACCAUGCCCCUCGCCCUUCUCAUCACCGGAGCCACCGGCAACCAAGGCAGCGCCGUGAUCAACGCGCUUCUCGCCCAGGAACUCGAUGUGGAGAUCCUCGCCGUGACCCGCAACCCGCACUCCAGCGCCGCCCGCCGCCUCACCCAGCGAUCCCCCAGAAUCAAGCUCAUCCAGGGGGACCUUGACCACCCGGCGCAGAUCUUCGAGAAGGCAAAGAACGCCGCGACGUUGCCGAUCUCCGGGGUGUUUAGCGUGCAGAACCCCUUCGCCUCCGGCCAAAGCGUCCACAAAGAAGAACAGCAAGGCAAAGCUCUAAUCGACGCAGCCCUAGCCCACCAAAUCCCGCACUUCGUGUACAGCUCCGUCGACCGCGGCGGCGACGCCUCUAGCGACAACCCAACCACCAUCCCGCACUUCAUCAGCAAGCACCGCAUCGAGCAGCACCUGUUCACGCGGACCCGCGAAGCCGAAGGCGGUUCCGGCGGUAGCAACAACAACAACAACAGCAGCAGCAGCAGCACCACCACCACCACCCCCACCCCCACCACCGCCAUGACCUGGACAAUCCUGCGCCCGACCUUCUUCUUCGAGAACCUGGCGCCUUCCACGGGCUUCGCGGGGAAAGUGACCGCGACGGCGUGGGACGCCUACCUGCAGGGGAAGCCGCUGCAGUGCGUGUCCGUGGCGGACGUGGGCUACUUCGCGGCGAUGGCGCUGGUGCGCGCGGGCGCGGACGCGGCCCCGUUCCGGAACCAGUGCCUAUCGCUGGCGGGUGACGAUCUGACCUACGAGCACCUGCAGCGGACGGUGCGCGCAAAAACCGGCGGGCGCCCGCUGCCGACCACCUACCGCGUGCUGUGCUACCUGGUGCUUUGGGUGCUGGGCGAUCCCCGGACGAUGUUCACAUGGUUCUAUGAGCAAGGGUACGGGGCGGAUAUCCCGCGGUUGCGGAAGUUGUAUCCCGGGUUGAAGAAUUUGGAGGGGUGGUUGGAGGAGAGUGAGUGGGUGAAGAAGCGUUAGUUUCAAGAAAAGGUUGGGGGGGGAAAGGUGUGUCUACAUGUCUACAGAAGGAGGAAAAAGUUGGCUCUUGAGGUUGGGCCCGGGGACGGUGUAUGAUAUCCAAUUUGAUUGUUUGUGACUCUUUUGAUAUGUACUCUACUGUAC